GUACUCAUUCCCACUUCCAUAGCGUUUCAAAUCGGUCGAUAGCAAAAUGAAGAACCUUUUGGCAGCGUUCUUGGUCGUGGCAUUAGCUUCUCUACCCGAAUUGCCAGGAGUUACAGCCCCAGCAGUGGAACUUAUGUCCCAUUGUGUCGCCUGUCAGGACGAAUUCCGAGGCAAGUUGGUCUGCGCUUUCAUUAAUGGGUGCUACUUGGACAUAGAGUACUGCUCCAUGCUGGUCUUCAAUUGUGGACGCCAACAGCACCACAAACACCUGUUCCUGGUGGUAAACGAGGGCAAGUGCCAGCCAGUUCGGGGAUUCAAAUGCGAGUCCAUGGACUUUUAAAUUUGACGGAGGCUCUACACAUUUAUUUAUUGAUGCAAUGAUUACAUUUGAAGAGGUUAAUCUAACUGAAAUGUGUGACAAUAUGCUGAUUAAAACUUGACAAUGUGUCCGGUGAAAUAGA